AAAUGACACGCUCUCUGACCCUUUUUUUUGGUUUCCUGAACCUUGGUGGUGUUUCUCUGGGCUCCAGGAGAUAGACAUAGAAGAAGAAAACCCUCCCACAUAAUUGACUUCAAGUGCAGAGCUCACAACCGGUGUGAACCUUUACUGGAUUGGAACAUUCCCCAUUGGAUACAAAUUUCCAGGAAAUUCUCCCGCGUGCACAAAGAUCAUCAUGAAUUCCGUGGCGGGGAAUAAAGAGAGAAUUGCAGUCACCACUCGAAACAGGAAAUAUGGGGUGAACGACCCCUGCUCCCCCACCAAAUCCGCGGCGCCUUUCUCGCCAGAAAGCUGGUACAGGAAAGCUUACGAGGAAUCCCGGGCCGGCAGCCGCCCAGCCCCGGAAGGAGCCGGCUCCAUUCUGGGCUCCUCCGGCACCCCGUCGCCUGGAUCGGGAACCUCCUCGCCGGGCUCCUUCACGGGGUCGCCGGGCCCCGCCUCCCCGGGGAUCGGCACCAGCUCUCCCGGGUCGCUAGGGGGCUCGCCGGGCUUCGGCACCGGCUCGCCGGGUUCCGGCAGCGGAGGAGGCUCCUCCCCGGGCUCCGACCGCGGCGUCUGGUGCGAGAACUGCAACGCCCGCUUGGUGGAGUUGAAGAGACAGGCGCUCAAGCUGCUCAUCCCGGGGCCCUACAGCAGCAAGGACCCAGCAUUCUCUUCAGCAAUUCAUGACAAACUACAGGUACCGAACACCACCCGGAAGGCGUGGAACGAGCGAGACAACCGCUGCGAUGUGUGUGCCACUCACUUGAACCAGCUCAAGCAGGAGGCUAUUCAGAUGGUAUUGACGCUCGAACAAGCGGCCAAUACUGACCAUUGUGAUGCUUCCCCUGGCUCCCCUCCUCCCCUCCCCAAUAUUCCCACCUUGGUGGGCUCUCGGCAUAUGGGCAGCCUGCAACCCAGGGAUUGGGCAUACAUGUCUGCUCCUUACGCAACUUCCAGUUAUGCUGGCUUUCUACCUAACAAACUCAGCGGGAAAUCGAACAACAUCGUUAACGGGAUGGAGAAGAAAAAUUGUUCUUUGGGACACCAGGCAAAGGUCAGUGUACAGUUGGCCACCAGUCCCAGCAAUGGUAACAUCCUGAAUUCUGUGGCUAUCCAGGCUCAUCAGUACCUAGACGGCACCUGGUCCUUGUCAAGAACAAAUGGCGUUACUCUGUAUCCCUAUCAAAUUUCCCAGUUGAUGACUGAGACUGGCCGAGAAGGAUUGACGGAAGCCAUGCUGAAUCGCUACAACGCAGAUAAACCCUCCUUGUACAGCCUCCCUGGUUCCCAAGCCACCUGUGUUGCCAGUGAAACAUCAACAAGUACCUCAGUGGCAGCUUCCUUUUUUGCCAGAGCUGCUCAGAAGUUGAAUCUAUCUUCCAAAAAGAAGAAACAUAGGCCCUCUACAUCAUCUGUUUCUGAAUCUCAUCUGUUUUCUACCAAAUUCAGCACUAUCCUGCAGACUUCUCCACCUCCUGCUCCACCAUGUUUGCUGAGGGCAGUCAACAAAGUGAAGGACACUCCAGGAUUGGGCAAGGUGAAGGUCAUGGUGCGCAUUUGUUCUACCCUGGCCAGAGACUCUUCUGAAUCCAGCUCCUUCUUAAAGGUUGAUCCUCGCAAGAAGCAAAUUACUUUGUAUGACCCAUUGUCCUGUGUAGGCCAGAAUGCCUUCCAAAAAAGGAGCAGUCAAGUGCCACCCAAGAUGUUUGCAUUUGAUGCAGUUUUCCCUCAAGAUGCCUCUCAGGCUGAGGUAUGUGCAGGAACAGUAGCUGAAGUGAUCCAGUCUGUGGUGAAUGGUGCAGAUGGAUGUGUGUUUUGCUUUGGGCAUGCCAAACUAGGAAAAUCCUACACUAUGAUCGGAAAAGAUGAUACCAUGCAGAACCUCGGUAUAAUCCCUUGCGCCAUCUCUUGGCUUUUCAAGCUGAUUAAUGAACGGAAAGAGAAGACAGGAGCCCGUUUCUCAGUCCGAAUUUCAGCAGUAGAAGUUUGGGGGAAAGAAGAGAAUCUGAGAGACUUGCUGUCAGAAGUGGCAACAGGCAGCCUACAAGACGGACAGUCUCCGGGUGUCUACCUUUGUGAGGACCCAAUUUGUGGCAUGCAGCUUCAGAAUCAAAGUGAACUCCGAGCCCCCACUGCAGAGAAAGCUGCCUUCUUCCUCGACGCAGCUAUUGCCUCACGUCGAAGCAGUCAACAGGAUUGCCGGGAGGAAGAUCACAAGAAUUCUCACAUGCUCUUCACUCUGCACAUCUACCAGUACCGAAUGGAGAAGAGUGGCAAAGGGGGAAUGUCCGGAGGCCGUAGCCGCUUACACCUCAUUGACCUGGGCAGCUGUGUUAAACCUCUCAGCAAAAAUCGUGAAGGAGGUUCUGGACUCUGCCUUUCAUUGUCUGCACUGGGCAAUGUCAUCCUUGCCCUAGUCAAUGGCAGCAAACACAUUCCAUACAAAGACAGCAAGCUGACCAUGUUGCUCCGGGAGUCCCUUGGGAACAUGAACUGCCGUACCACCAUGAUAGCUCACAUUUCGGCAGCUGCAGGGAACUAUGCUGAAACACUUUCUACCAUCCAGAUUGCAUCCAGGGUCUUAAGAAUGAAGAAAAAGAAAACUAAGUACACAUCAAGCUCUUCUGGAGGAGAAAGCUCUUGUGAAGAAGGGAGAAUGCGGCGGCCGACUCAGUUGAGACCUUUCCAUUCUCGGAAUGUUGUUGAUCCAGACUUCCCUAUUCUUCACUUGUCAAGUGACCCCGAUUAUUCUUCUAGCAGUGAACAGUCAUGCGACACUGUCAUUUACGUUGGUCCCAAUGGUACAGCCCUCUCGGACAAAGAGCUGACAGACAACGAAGGCCCCCCUGAUUUUGUCCCCAUAGUUCCUGCCCUUCAGAAAGCCAAAAAUGAAGGCAAGCUGGAGGAAAUGAGCGAAACAGACCCCAGCACCUCUGAGAGAGACUGCUUGAAGUGCAAUACAUUUGCGGAGCUCCAGGAGAGGUUAGAUUGCAUUGACGGCAGUGAGGAGACAGACAAAUUUCCUUUUGAAGAACUGCCUGUUCAGUUUAGCUCUGACCAAGUGACUAAGUGCCCUUUGUCAGGCCAAGUGGCAGAGCACAGUGAUGUGUCAGAGCCAGGCGGGGAUGAGGGCCUGGCGGACUGCCAGGAGCUGGAUAAAGAUGUCAAGGAAAACGUAAAUGCAACAACCAGCAAAAUUCAGGGAAACCAUUCCCCCGUUCACACUGGAAUGCUUAAUGAGGUUUCCACUCCUCCAUCCCCUAGGAGUGUCACAGGCAGCCCUAGCAGCCAGAUGAACUGUUCCCAGCAGUCCCACUGUACAGACCUGCAAAGCAGCCGAGAAAGUCUUAACACCUGUGGCUUUGUAGAAAGCAAGCCCCGGCCCAUGGGUUCACCACGACUUGGUAUUGCAAGCCUUUCCAAGACAUCUGAGUAUAAACCACCAACCUCUCCUUCUCAGCGGUGCAAAGUUUACACCCAGAAGGGAGUAUUGCCCAACCCCGCACCUCCACCAUCCUCACUAAGCAAGGAUUCAGGGAUGGUGUCCAGUGAGUCCCUGAUGCAGCCAGAGAUCUGCACCCCUCCCAUUGGAAUGAGCCCUCAGAUCAUGAAAAAGUCACUGUCUUCCAGCAGUGGUGAUUAUGGAGAGACUAUUGACAAUGUAGAGCAGCAGCAACCAUCUCUUUCUCCCGAGGCGAAGAAGGAGAUUUUGAGCACCACCAUGGUCACAGUACAGCAGCCAUUAGAGCUGAAUGGCGAGGAUGAGCUGGUCUUCACCCUGGUUGAAGAGCUGACCAUUAGCGGGGUUUUGGAGAAUGGACGGCCAACGAGUAUAAUCAGCUUUAACAGUGAUUGUUCUGUGCAAGCUUUGGCCUCUGGCUCUAGGCCAGUCAGCAUUAUUAGCAGUAUUAGUGAAGAUCUUGAAUGCUAUGCCAGUACAGCUCCUGUAUCUGAGGUCAGCAUCACCCAGUUUCUGCCUCUUCCAAAAAUGGGACUGGGGGACAAAGCCGAAGAGGCUGAAAGCAGGCGCUCAUCUAUUAGCUCCUGGCUGAGUGAAAUGAGUACCGGAAGUGAUGGUGAACAGUCAUGCCACAGUUUCAUUGCGCAAGCCUGCUAUGGCCAUGGGGAAGCCAUGGCAGAAGGUCCUGCUUCUGAGCUUGCAAGGGUUGUACAGAAUAGUAGUGUGGGUUGUAUAGAUGACAAGCAAAAGCCAGCAACUGAGGAUAUAUUUGUACUGCCAGAGGUGGUUGACGAAAGUAUUAAUAAAGUGUCACCCAUCAAAGGUUGUAAAAUAUCUGCCCUGGGAAAGACAACAGUCACAAUAUCAAACACAGCAAGUCUAAGCAGUUGUGAAGGUUUCAUGCCAAUGAAGACCAAUAUUACUGUCUAUCCAUGUAUUGCUGUUAAUCCCUUUAAGGCACAGGAGACGCAUGAGGGUAUUUCAGUGGUAGCAUCACCAGCAAAAAAAAUCCAUUCUCAAGAAAUGAAGGAAUCCAGUAUAAGGAAAGAGAUCAAAUUUGAUGAUCCUUGGCUAAAGAGGGAAGACAGCGUGAAAAAAGAAAACUUUGGUCCUAAGUCAGAAGCCAUAUCUGAGCAAAAUAAGAAGCAGAAGUUGGCAGACAGGUUUAGUAGUAGUAGCGGAGAGACUUCUAGCUCCCCAGGAACUGAAAGCCUGAAGAGGGUUGUAGAUGGGUGUGAAAUGGGACUGCCUUGUUCUGCAACUCACAGUCCAGUUCAUUCUACCGAGAGCUUAAAAAAUGGCAGCCUCACAAGAAGCUUCCAGAAAGCCAACAAGCUGGAAGACCUGGAUGCAGUUUCAUAUCAUUAUGUUGAGGAGAACAAUGUCAUUGGUUCUCCUGUUUUGUCGCAGACUUCAAAAGCUAGCCUGGAAAGAAGGAUUGCUUCUCCUAAGCACUGUGUUCUCACACGUCCAAAGGGGACACCACCAUUGCCUCCUGUCAGAAAAUCUAGCCUUGAUCAGAAGAACAGGGCCAGCCCUCAGCACAGUGCUUGCAGUAGCAGCACCAGCAGCCCCUCAAACCAGCCAGUACCUUUUCUAGCUGGUUUUCCUGAUGAGCUGAAUGGGAAACAAAAGGGUUCCAGUAUGGAGAGCGCUAACAAUAGUAGCAGUAAAUUGUUCAGUGCCAAACUUGAACAGCUGGCUAGCAGAACCAAUUCCCUGGGAAGGUCUACUGGGAGCCAUUACGAGUGCCUGUCAUUGGAAAGGGCAGAGAGUCUGUCAUCUGUCAGCUCCAAGAUGAGUCCUGGCAAAGACACUACAAUGCCCAGAGCUGGGAGAAGUCUCAACCGCACCGUCAUGUCCUCACCAACUAACUGUGGUGUUUCUCAGUCUGCCGGUGCCUCGCCAAAGGCCAGUCAGUCAAAGAUCUCUGCAGUGAGUAAGCUCCUUUUGGCAAGCCCAAAGGCUCGGAGCCUGGCUGCCUCAACCACCAAAACACUUAGCUUUUCUACAAAGUCCCUUCCUCAGUCUGUGGGACAGAGUUCAAAUUUGCCUCCAAAUGGAAAGAAUAUGUCCUGGUCCACGCAGUCUCUCAGCAGGAACAGGAGCUCUGGCCUUUCUUCAAAACUGCCCCUCAGAGCUGUCAAUGGGAGGAUUUCAGAGCUGCUUCAGGGGAGUGCAGGCACGAGAGGACUGCAGUUGCGCAGGAAUUCGGACACAGAUGACCGUGGUGGCGUUCAUGGAGAUGAGAAGUCACCAGUUCACCUGCUGCCAUCGCCUUACAGCAAGAUCACUCCACCCAGGAAGCCUCACCGCUGUAGCAGUGGCCACGGAAGUGACAACAGCAGCGUCCUGAGCGGGGAACUGCCACCUGCCAUGGGGAAAACAGCCCUCUUCUACCACAGUGGAGGAAGCAGUGGGUAUGAGAGCAUGAUGAGAGACAGUGAAGCAACAGGAAGUGCGUCCUCAGCCCAAGACUCUAUGAGCGAGAACAGCAGCUCAGCCAGUGGGAGGUGCCGAAGUCUCAAAAACCCAAAGAAGCGUUCAAAUCCAGGUUCUCAAAGGCGGAGACUUAUUCCAGCUUUAUCUCUUGACACAACAUCCCCUGUUAGGAAACCUACCAGCCCAGCAGUACGCUGGGUAGAUGGACCCCUGCGAAGUGCGCAAAGAGGCAUGGGAGAGCCCUUUGAGAUCAAGGUCUAUGAAAUUGAUGAUGUGGAGCGGCUCCAGCGACGACGCAUGGGGGACAACAAUGAAGUGGUUUGCUUCAAUGCUAAACUGAAAAUCUUGGAGCAUCGGCAGCAGCGAAUCGCUGAGGUCAAGGCCAAGUAUGAGUGGUUAAUGAGGGAGCUGGAAGUGACCAAACAAUAUCUGAUGCUGGAUCCUAAUAAAUGGCUCAGUGAAUUUGACCUGGAGCAAGUAUUCGACUUGGAUUCGCUGGAGUACUUGGAGGCUCUUGAGUGUGUGACUGAGCGACUAGAGAACCGCGUGAACUACUGCAAGGCCCACCUCAUGAUGAUCACCUGUUUUGACAUCACUUCCAGGCGCCGGUGAAGGAUUGACCCCCCCCCAAGAACAUUUCGGACUACUGCCACCCCCUUCCUCCCUUUUGAACAGCACCCCAAAGACUUAGAAUGAGGAUGAAGGUUGGUGUCACGUUCUGACUGUGUGUGAGGAGAGAUGGUUGUCUCUAUGAUGCUGAAGAGCGGAGCAUAAACUGAACAGA